AUGGGAUGCGGAGUUUCAUCUACUGUUGCCCACUCACACAAACCAGUCUCGAUCGACCACUUUUAUAUAUGCGAAGUACUAGGAAAAGGAGCUUUUGGAAAGGUGUGUGUUAUCAAACGAAAGACGGAUAAUCAUCUAUUUGCACUCAAAUACACUCAAAAAAAGAAGGCGUUUGAUGAAAAGGCAAUACAACAUGUUGUCCAAGAGCGAAACAUACUGGAAGAAAUUCGACAUGCAUUGAUAUGCGGCUUGCGGUAUUCGUUUCAAGACGAAGAGUUUAUGUACAUGGUAUUAGACUUUAUUAGUGGAGGUGAUUUACGAUACCAUAUUAAAUCACGAUUGUGGAAUCAGGAGGAAACAAGAUUCUUGAUUGCAGAAAUAUCGUGUGCAUUAAAAUAUUUGCAUUCUCACAAUAUUAUUCACCGAGAUAUCAAACCAGAUGCAAGUGGUUUUACUAUUUUCAUUGGUGCAUCAAAUAUUCUUUUAGAUUCGGCGGGUCAUGCACACCUAUCAGAUUUUAAUAUAGCAAUCAGACAGAUUGAUGGAAAGUCGUUAAGAUAUGUAGCUGGAACUGAACCAUGCAAGUUUAAUUACAUGGCACCAGAAAUGAUCAGCGGAAUGGGAUAUCAUUCAUCGGUUGACUGGUGGUCACUUGGAGUCAUCAUGUUUGAGAUGGUAUGUGGUGAAAGACCCUUUCGAUCCAAAAUCCGGCGUGAGCUGAUUAGACGUGCCAAGUUUAAAUUUCCAAUCCUUCCACCUGGUAGUGGAAUAGUCACCGAUCUUGUCAAAUCAGUCAUAACUGGAUUUUUACAAUUAAAUCCACGUGAACGGCUAGGAUAUGAGACCAAAGGAUUUUCUCUACUUCAAAACCAUUUGCUUUUUAAUGGUAUCAAUUGGCUCAUGAUCGACAACAAGACUGCUAAACCGGUAUUUGUGCCCGAUAUGUCCCUGAUAAAUUUCAAGACAGACGCAGAUGUGAAUGAUUUGGUGAAAUUUGUCAAUCGAAAGCGGAUAUGUUCUGAUCGAUAUAAAACUCCAUUAGUGUUUCAGAGUUUUACCGUAAGCCUCAAUACAUUUAUAAUGAGUGGAUUGUGGUGUUUAUACCGAGAUGAUCUAAACUCACGUUUAUUACGAAUAGGACUUUGA